UAUCACUCGGAAAACAGCUGACAGUACUAAUAGUGGCAAGUAAUGGUUUACCUGUUGCUAGCUAUUGGCAGUGCUGGUUGCUGGCGUUUUUCAGUGUUCUUUUGCCUCUUUCCAGUUCUGUAUCGUAAAUAGAGUGUACAUGCUUCACAUAAUCGUUGGUUUAAUCGUUAGAUAAGAAAUCGUGUAGUCACAAAUUAUUUAAGUCUAAAAAGGUUACUGAAGAAGACUACAAUGGCACCAAUAAGAUUUGCAGUUUUAACCGUAAGUGACACUUGUGCCAGUGGUAAGAAAAUAGAUGAGAGUGGGCCUGCAUUACAAGAACUUAUCCGUAAGACAAGUAUAUACAAAUUUGAAGGAGUCCCUGAAAUUCCUUGCACUGCUAUUGUGAAGGAUGACAAAAAGUCAAUAAUGGAAUAUCUAAUUGAUUGGAGUGAUAAUAAUAAAGCUGAUGUAAUUCUAACCACCGGCGGCACUGGAUUUUCCGAGAGAGAUGUAACACCUGAGGCGACCCAAAAUGUUAUCCAUAAAGAAGCUCCUGGACUGUCUGUAGCGAUGCUUUUAUCGAGCCUAAGAACAACUCCAAUGGCGGCGCUUUCUCGAGCUGUGUGCGGAAUACGAAAUAAGACCCUGAUUAUUAAUUUGCCUGGUUCACGCAAGGCUGCAACAGAGUGCCUGACUGCACUCAUAGCUGUUAUUCCACAUGCCGUAGAUGUGAUCUUGAAUAAUGAAGAAAAAGUAAAAGAUACGCAUAACAUUGUGCAAAGCGACGUUGCAUCCUGUUCGCAUUAUGCUUCUUGUACAAACUCAAUAAGUUUGGGGAAUGUGACAACACGCGAUAGAGAAUCCCCAUUUCCUAUGAUUUCCGUGAAGGAAGCGGUGAAGAUAAUACGCGCGACUGUAAGCGAAAACAAGCGUGAGAUUGUAAGUGUGGCUGUAAAAGAUGCCUGCGGUAGGAUAUUACAUUGGGACAUACAUUCAAAUUGCGAUCUGCCGCCGUUCAGAGCUUCCAUAAAAGACGGAUAUGCAGUAUUGGCGAGCGAUGGAAAAGGCAAAAGGACGGUGUUGUGUGGCGUGAAAGCGGGGACUGCACCCGAUCGUCUGUCUCUUAAACCUGGCACAUGUGUACGCGUGAACACUGGCGCGCCCGUUCCUGACGAAGCAACAGCGGUUGUACAAGUCGAGGAUACGAAGCUAGUGUCGAAGAGCGCCGAUGAGACAGAGGAAAAAGAAAUUGAGAUACUGACUGAACCGAAAGAGGGACAGGACAUUAGACCCGUCGGUUGCGAUAUAAAAAAGGGAAGCUUAGUGUUGAGUGCGUCCACGAUUAUUGGACCGACGGAAAUGGGUCUCCUAAUGGCAAGCGGCUGCAAAUACAUUACAGUUACCGAACUGCCACGUAUAGGUGUACUGUCUACUGGGGACGAGUUGCAGGAAGUUGGGGAACCCUUGAAACCAGGGCGGAUCUACGACAGCAACAGAGUAACUUUAAUCUCGCUGUUGAAAGAGAACGGCUUCAAUCCUUUGGAUUUCGGAAUUGUGAAGGAUAACGCGAAAGAAAUGGUAAACGUAAUUGAGAAGGCUUUAAAAAAAGUGGAUGUACUUGUGACAACGGGCUCCGUGUCAAUGGGCGAUAGAGAUCUGUUGAAGCCUAUUUUAGGGAUUCAUUUCGACGCUAAUAUACAUUUCGGACGUGUAAAUAUGAAGCCGGGAAAGCCAACGACGUUUGCAACGUGCACAUUCUUGGAUAGAAAGAAAUAUUUCCUGUGCCUGCCGGGAAAUCCGGUGUCUGCUGUCGUUACUGCACGUUUGUUCCUCUUACCCCUUCUGAACAACAUGCGCGGCGACCUCACGGAGCCAGUCGUAGUGCAAGCUGAGUUAACGUCGAGGUAUAAUUUGGAUCCACGUCCCGAAUACGCAAGAGCGAUCUUGAAGUGGAAUGACAAAAAGGCGUACCCACAGGCUUACGGCACGGGAGAUCAAAUCAGCAGCAGAUUGCUCAGCUGCAAAUGUAACGCGCUCCUAAUGCUACCGGGGCGAACAGAGGAGAAGCAAACGUUGGAUGAGGGUGACGUCGUGCCAGCGAUGCUCAUCAGUCUUAAAUAAUCUUUAUAAUAUUAAGAUGUGUCCAAUGAAGUUCCAAUUAGAAAUCUACAUUUAAUGUGGACAAACUUAUUUUGUAAUAGCUCGUAAUAUUACAAGAAAAUUAUUUUUGAGACAUUUUUAUUCUUUAUAGCUUUAUAACGUUUUUUCAAAAUAAAAUAUUUUCAUUUCAAAUUAUAUCUUAUUCAUUAUUAUAAAUUUCGUUAUGGUACUCGUAAGGCAAUUUCUUAUGAAAAAGUUCUUUUGCUAUCUUUAAAAUAUUUUUUUUUUUAGAUAUUCGAACAUAUUUUAAAAUAAAAAUAUGUAGAAUUUGUUCUUGUGUCGAGAGCAUUCGAGGCUAAAAUCUGAUCUCUUUCGCGUUUUCGCUAAUAUAUAUGUGAUAAUUAAUUAAAA